UGGGGAAGGUAUUUGCUGACGUACCCGGAACUGUUUCCAAGGUUUCUUCAGGUUUGGGAGGUUGCUCGGCGGCGAGUUGUGGGAGCCAAGGCAACCGGGAAUCUUCCCGGGGUCACAAGAGCGCCCCCUUGGCCCCCAGCUUCGGGGGCACAGCUGCGGUAAUGGCUCCAGUGUCCAGUUCCCGCAGCCCUGAGCGGGAGGCCUCUGGCUCCGGAGGAAGACGCCGCAGUUCGUCGAAGAGCCCCAAACCCAGCAAAUCUUCCCGCUCCCCGCGGUGUCGCCGGUCGCGCUCGCGUUCUUGUUCUCGGACUGUUGACAAGAAUGGCCUAUGUCAUCAGCUGGGUGGUCUCAGCCAAGGUUCCCGAAACCAGUCAUACCGCUCGCGCUCGCGUUCGCGCUCUCGAGAGCGGCCCUCUGCGCCACGGAACACCCCUUUUGCUUCUGCCUCCUCUUCCACGUAUUAUGGAAGCUACUCACGCCCCUACGGGAGCGACAAGCCGUGGCCUAGCCUUCUGGACAAGGAGAGGGAAGAGAGCCUGCGGCAGAAGAGAUUAAGUGAGAGAGAGAGGAUUGGAGAAUUAGGAGCUCCUGAAGUAUGGGGACUUUCUCCAAAGAAUCCUGAACCUGACUCUGAUGAACAUACACCAGUAGAGGAUGAAGAGCCAAAGAAAAGCACUACUUCAGCAUCUAGUUCAGAAGAUGAAAAAAAGAAAAAGAAGAAGUCUAGUCAUUCAAAAGAAAAGUCUAAGAAAAAGAGAAAGAAAAAAUCAUCUAAAAGAAAACACAAGAAAUAUUCUGAAGAUAGUGACAGUGACUCUGAUUCUGAAACAGACUCCAGUGAUGAAGUUACAAAGAGGAGAGCAAAGAAAAAUAAGAAAAAGGAAAAGAAGAAGAAACACAGAUCGAAGAAAUAUAAGAAAAAGAAGUCUAAGAAGAACAGAAAAGAGUCUAGUGAUUCAAGUUCUAAGGAUUCUCAAGAAGAAUUUCUAGAGAAUCCCUGGAAGGAUCGAUCAAAGGCUGAAGAACCCUCUGAUUUAAUUGGCCCAGAGGCUCCAAAAACACUUGCUUCUCAAGAUGACAAACCUUUGAACUAUGGCCAUGCUCUCUUACCUGGUGAAGGUGCAGCUAUGGCCGAAUAUGUAAAAGCUGGAAAACGUAUCCCACGAAGAGGUGAAAUUGGCUUGACAAGUGAAGAAAUUGCAUCAUUUGAAUGCUCAGGUUAUGUAAUGAGUGGUAGCAGGCAUCGCCGAAUGGAGGCUGUGCGACUGCGGAAAGAGAACCAGAUCUAUAGUGCUGACGAGAAGAGAGCCCUUGCAUCCUUUAACCAAGAAGAAAGACGAAAGAGAGAGAACAAGAUUCUGGCCAGUUUUCGAGAGAUGGUAUACAGAAAGACCAAAGGAAAGGAUGACAAAUGAGGAUUUUCCGAUUGCUCAGCAGAUAUUUUUAAUAACAAAAAAGAAAGCCUGGGUUCCAUACAUAUACACAAAAAGAUUAUUAUGCUCUGAAAAAGCUUUACAGUGCUACUGUGCCUUCUAUUUAACUCUUUCAAUCUCUCAAUAAAAAGCUGCUUAUUGAUAUAUCUUU